AUGAAUCUUUCCCUCUUCCUCACCAUUUAUAUUUCUUCUCUAAUUUUCUUGAUGGUCUUCCAUAUCAUAUUUCUUGGCCUUUGGUAUUUGGGUCUUGUUUCUCGUAUGGCAGAGAAAAAACCAGAGAUGCUUACUAUAAUACAAAACUGUGCAGUUAUAAGCAUAGCUUGCUGUGUGUUCUACAGCCACUGCGGUAACAGGACUGUUUCAAGAGAUAAAUCUAUUGAUCGUAGAACUGCGAGCUGGAUUGUAUUCUCACUUUGGACAAAGCAUGAUGACAACACACUGAUUUCUAGGCUAUUACGUAUGCAUAAAUUUAAAGAACAGAUUUGCUCCUCCUGGUUUGCUCCAGUUGGUUCUGCUAGUGAUUACCCUCUUCUCUCUAAAUGGGCCAUUUAUGGAGAACUGUCUUCAAAUGGAUCAGGUUCCUCCAAUGAAAUUUCACCAGUCUACUCUUUUUGGGCUACAUUCAUGGGUCUUUACAUUGCCAAUUAUGUCGUAGAGCGUUCAACGGGAUGGGCUUUAACUCAUCCUUUGACAAUUUCGGAGUAUGAGAAAUUGAAGAAACAGUUGAAACCAGAUUUUGAGGACAUGGUUCCUUGGUACUCUGGGACAUCAACUGAUUUGUUUAAAACUGUCUUCGACCUCAUGAUAUCUGUGACUCUCUUUGUUGGUCGAUUUGACAUGCGUAUGAUGCAGGCUGCUAUGAAUAAAACUCCUGAUGAAGCUAACAGCCACGGCCUUUUGUAUGAUCAUCUUGAUGGAAAAGAUGAGCUUUGGUUUGACUUCAUUGCAGAUACUGGUGAUGGUGGCAACUCUACAUAUGCUGUAGCACGAUUACUUGCUCAACCCUCGUUAGUUAUAAAAUCUGAUGAUUCGAGGCUAACAUUUCCCCGUGGACAACUGCUACUCAUUGGUGGAGACCUUGCGUAUCCCAAUCCAUCCUCAUUUUCGUAUGAACGACGUUUUUUCUGUCCUUUUGAGUAUGCUCUCCAGCCUCCUGCUUGGUAUAAGCCUGAACAUAUAGCACUGGAGAAGCCUGAACUUCCCCUUGGGGUUUCUGAGCUCAGGCGGUACAGAGGACCACAGUGUUUCAUGAUUCCUGGAAACCAUGAUUGGUUCGAUGGAUUAAACACAUUCAUAAGGUAUAUCUGUCAUAAGAGUUGGUUGGGUGGGUGGUUCCUACCUCAGAAGAAGAGUUAUUUUGCAUUGAAGCUUCCCAAUGGAUGGUGGGUUUUUGGUCUUGACCAAGCUCUUCAUGGCGACAUUGAUGUCUACCAGUUCAAGUUUUUUGCUGAGUUGUGUCAACAGAAGGUCGGAGAGAGUGAUUCCGUAAUUGUUAUAACUCAUGAACCAAACUGGCUCCUUGAUUGGUACUGGGGUGAUAGCACUGGCACAAAUGUUGCAUAUUUGAUACGGGAGUACCUCAGGGGAAGAUGCAAACUGCGGAUGGCUGGGGACCUGCACCAUUAUAUGCGACAUUCUUGCAUUGAGUCAAAAGAACCAGUUCAUGUACAGCACUUACUUGUAAAUGGCUGUGGCGGGGCCUUUUUGCAUCCAACACAUGUCUUCGAAAACUUCAGGGUAUUUUAUGGGAACAAGUAUGAAACAAAAUCUACAUAUCCUUCUUACAACGAUUCUAGCAAGAUUGCGCUUGGUAAUAUUUUGAAGUUCCGAAGGAAAAAUUGGCAAUUUGAUGUAAUUGGUGGUUUUGUGUACUUUGUCUUGGUUUUCUCAAUGUUUCCACAGUGUGACUCAUUUCGCAUCUCACAUGAAGACUCCUGGGCUGGUCGUAUCAAUGGUUUCUUCAGUGCAAUGUGGAAUGCUGUUUUUGAGAUUCUUGAGCGAUCCUAUGUGUCCCUAGGUGGUGUUGUUACUCUAUUGAUGGUAUCAUUUUUCUUUGUACCCACGAAACUGUCGCGUAGGAGACGUGUUUUGCUUGGUUUUCUUCAUGCCGCUGCUCAUCUUACUUCGGCAGUGCUACUGAUGCUACUUAUGGAAUUAGCUAUUGAAAUCUGCAUUCGCAACCAUCUAUUAGCAACAUCAGGCUACCAUACCCUUUAUGAAUGGUACCGAAAAGUGGAAAGCGAACAUUUUCCUGACCCCACGGGACUUCGCGCUCGUCUCGAGCAUUGGACCUUUGGUCUUUACCCUGCAUGUAUUAAGUACCUCAUGUCGGCAUUCGACAUCCCAGAGGUUAUGGCAGUAACUAGAAGUACAAUCUGCAGAAAAGGAAUAGAGUCCCUUCCCCGGGGAGGUGCCAUCAUCUAUUAUGUCUCUGUUUUCCUGUACUUCUGGGUCUUGUCAACACCUGUCGUAUCACUGGUGUUUGGGAGCUACUUAUAUUUGUGCAUAAACUGGUUCCAUAUCCAUUUCGACGAGGCCUUCUCCUCGCUGCGCAUAGCAAAUUAUAAGGCAUUCACGCGGUUCCACAUCAAGAAAAAUGGAGACCUUGAGGUCUUCACCCUGGCCGUGGACAAGGUGCCAAAGGAUUGGAUGCUGGAUCCAGACUGGGACAUGGAACCCAAGCAGCCACUCCAGAUGAGCUACACCAGGAAGUUCCCAAGCAAAUGGAGGGCUGCGUCGGGCCUGGACCCAAUCAAUGCGGUGCGCAUUGUCGACCGGUUUGUCAUCCCACGUACGCCCUCAAGUCCACGCACGCCCUCAAGUCCAACAACACCAGGAGGCUCUGUGAGAUGA